GCUCUUGUCGCAAAUAAACGUCUAAAAGAAUUCUUGGUAGCCGAAGAGCUUAACGAAAUGGCCAUUGAUCGGGCACCUCAACGCAAAGACGAAAAUGCUGAAAAAAAUGCGAUCGAAGUUCGAAAUGCGACGUUUGCUUGGGAAACAAAUGAUAUGAGUGCGCUCAACUCGAUGGUGACUGAAAUCAACUUGAAGGUGCCAACAGGCCGACUGUUAGCUGUAGUUGGGAAGGUGGGAUGUGGUAAAAGCAGCCUUCUGAAUGCCCUACUAGGUGAAAUGGAGAAACUUCGUGGGUAUGUUGGCGUACAUGGACGAUUAGCUUACGUCCCUCAACAACCGUGGAUUCGCAAUCUUACGCUUCGGGAGAAUAUCACAUUUGGGAAGAGAUUCGAUGAGAAAUUUUACAAUAGUGUGGUUCAUGCGUGCGCGUUAAGGCCUGAUAUUGCGAUAUUGCCACAGGGUGAUUCAACUGAAAUUGGUGAAAAGGGAAUCAACCUAUCUGGUGGACAGAAAGCGCGAGUCUCGCUGGCAAGAGCCGUCUAUCAGAAUUACGAUGUUUAU